UCAGGCUCAUAAAGAGAGGAUUACUUCAGUAGAGAACAACUGCUGUGAGACCACUGUGCUCACUUCUGAGCUACACCUGACAACAAUGGGGGACUGGUCCUUUCUUGCCUCCCUGUUGGACAAAGUACAGUCCCACUCUACAGCUAUUGGGAAGGUUUGGUUGACUGUCCUGUUUGUGUUUAGACUGCUGGUACUGGUUGCUGGGAUAGACAAAGUAUGGGGAGACGAACAAUCACGUAUGGAGUGCAACAUGAAAUCACCCGGCUGUAGGAAUCAUUGCUAUGACGUUGCGUUCCCCAUCUCACUAAUGCGUUUCUGGGUCCUUCAAAUCAUCUUUGUCUCCAUCCCAACUCUGAUUUACCUGGCACACGUCAUGCACGUUAUCCACAAGGAGAACAAACUGAGACGAAAACAAGUAAAAGGAAAAAAUGGAAUCAUUAAAUUGCCCAAAUACACAGACGAAAAGGGGAAAGUUCACAUGAAGGGGAAUCUGCUUGCCAGUUAUAUGUGCAAUAUCUUUUUUAAGAUUAUAUUUGAGACUGGAUUUAUAGUAGGUCAGUUCUACCUGUUCGGUUUAUUGUUGCCUAGAAAGAUUAAUUGCUUUGGAGAUCCAUGCCCGGGAAUCCAUGUGGAGUGCUUUAUAUCUCGUCCCACGGAGAAGAAUAUAUUUCACAUCUUCAUGCAGGUGAUGGCUUUUGUGUCUCUUGUCCUCAAUGUGGUGGAGAUGUUCUAUCUGAUUGGGACAAAAGCGAGGCAGAGGCAUAACAGACCAUCAGCAGUUGAGAUGUUUGCACUUGAUGGCAAAAACCAACAGUCCCAUAAAGAAACCUUUUGCUGAAUAUCCAAUUAAAUCACUGCCUAACUAAAUGUUUUCUUUUGUAUUACGAGAGCUAUAAACCUCAUAAUUAAUAACAAGUACUUACAAAUUCAAUAACUUGUUUAACCAGUAUUCUCUGACCGUCGUGUAACACUGAGAAAAUGUUUUGUAUUUAGUUUUCAUUCCAAUUACACCAAGAAGGGGUGUGGCACACAGUACUCUGAAAACUGGAAUGUUCAAACAUAUGAUAAGAAAUUGCUGACUUGGGGCUUAAAUAUCUCAGGGCGUCUGAGGAAUGUUUUAUUCGAUACAAUGCUAGAUUAGAUACCCAGGCUUCAACUGAACAUGUUAUUUGAUUUGUUUUGUGAUUUGUUUUGGUUCAUAUGGAUCAUAAAAUAGCAAUGUGCAUUUGAUAUGAAAUGUGCCCUUUUAACAAAUAAAGUGCAUCUGUCAACUUCUAUUCAACUUUAGGAUUGACCUUAGAUACAUUCCUUCCAUGCAGGCAGGCAAGUAUUUAAGAUCAGACCUGAGGUUGAAUAGCUUUUAUGAUGUUACGUAAUUUCUCUUCAAGUGUAGAUUCCUUUUUUUCAUGAUGUGGCUACACCAAUAUCAGUGAAAAUUACAUAGAUGGUUAGAUUGUGUUAAAGAUAUCGCAUCAUCAAAUCUAACAGAAGUACCUUUACUUGUGUCACUAAAUGUAAGCCCAAGUUGGCUUAUUCUGUACAUUCCUGCAGAUAUAUAAUAUAAAUUAGCUACAGUGGGUGGUCUACUGGCUUUUCAAAUACAUUUAUUAUUAUUGUUCAAUACCAGUACAAAUCUGUUUGAUCUCUUGACAAUAAAUGACAAUAUCCUUCUUUUGCUCCAUGAUGUACUUUUUAAUAUAUGCUUUACAUACAAAGAAAACAAACAUCUCAAUAGUUGCCUGUUUCUCAUCUUCCUUUAUCUUAUGACAUAAAAUACAGUCCAGACAACAGUCAUAUUUGUAAAUUGUAUUUACAUUAUAAAUAAAUUCCUAUAUCAAUUUGAAUAUUUACAUAAGUAAAUGUUCAGUGUCACUUUAGAAUAUAUCACAAACAAUGUAUGAGGU